AUGGCAGCUGCACUUGCGAGGUUCUCUCUACUCACUUUCUUCUUAGCCUUAAACACAUUAUACGUAACAGCCAACCCUGCCACAAUCUCCACCAUCACAAAACCAAAGCGUUUUGUCACAAAACUCAUUCACCACGAUUCCGUUUUGUCUCCUUACUACAACCCUAAUGCAAACAUUAGAGAUCUUGUUUCACGCUCGGUGAAAAGCUCUGCAGCACGCUUGGCAUACCUAAAAGCAAAGAGCACCAAUGCUUUCGUGGUGGACGAUACGCGUGCCCGUGUUGUUCCGGAGAACCCUGCAGAAGAGUUCAUGGCAAAUUUCUCAUUUGGGGAGCCUCCAGUUCCACAGCUUUUAGCAAUGGAUACAGGCAGCGACUUAUUGUGGAUUCAAUGCCUGCCUUGCACCAAGUGUUUUAAACAAUCCAGUCCAAUUUUUGAUCCUUCCAAAUCCUCCACAUACAAAAUAUUGCCAUGUAUAUCUGCCGAUUGUAUUCUUUCCAAUCCUGCUGAGAAAUGUAACUUCUUAAACCAAUGCAGAUUCAAUCAAACGUACCUUGAUGGCACGUCGGCUGAAGGACUUAUCGCAACCGAAAAGCUCACCUUUGUGACAUCAAACGAAGGGCCUAGCCCUGUCUACAAUGCCGUUUUCGGCUGUGGACAUAUCAAUGCUGCUGCCGACGAAGGACAAAUAAGUGGAGUACUUGGUCUUGGCCCUUCACAAAUAUCUUUGUCCACCAAGAUAGGCUACAAAUUUUCUUAUUGCAGUGGAAGCAUAAGAGACCCUAACUACCCUCAUAACCAAUUGAUCUUGGGUGAGGGUACAAAGACAGAAGGUGCAGCAACCCCUCUUGAAAUCGUUGAUGAACUUUACCAUCUAACCCUAGAGGGCAUCAGUCUCGGCCAGUCCCGCCUCCAAAUUGAUCCAAAGGUAUUCAGCAGAGUUGGAAAUGCUGGUGGAACCGUCAUUGACUCCGGAACAACUAUAAGCUACUUGGUUAAAGCAGCAUACGGAGGGGUUGAUCUGGUUAUGGACAAAACAAGCUUCUUUGAAGUAACAGGUGAUGAUGAAUUCUGUAUGGCUGUGCAAAUGGCGGACGGCGGGACUGAAAGUUUGAAUGUUAUUGGAAUUCUGGCACAGCAAAAUUACAAUGUUGCAUAUGACUUAGCCGCAAAGAAGGUUUACUUCCAGAAAAUUGACUGUGGGCUUCUUUAA